AUGGAAGGCCUUGAGCUUGAGAAGGCGGAAGUACACCGUCUUCGAGCAGAGCUCGAACGCCUCACACAGGACCGCGAGAAUUCCCAGGAAGCGGAGAUCAGCAUGCAGCAGGGGGUGGACGCUUUGCGGCAGCAGUGCCUUGAGCUUCAGCGAGGCCUCGAGAACGAGCGCGCCCAAAGGCUGCAGAUGGAGACGGUGAAGUUUCCGAACCAGCUGAAACAAGUGGAGGAGGAGCUGGUGCAGGAGAGAAGGUGGCGGCAAGGCCUCGAGGAGGAGUUGCAGGUGCAGCAGAGUCUGCGAGUCCAGGCAGAGAGCUCGCUUUCAGAGGUGGAGCGGCGCCUGGAGUCCGUGGAGCUGGAGCACAAGAAGCUGUGUCUUGUGGAGAACGAGCGCCAUCAGCGCGGGGCAGAGGUGGCGCGGCUGCGGGAGGAGCUGGUGGAACUGACCGCCCUCCUGGAGGUGGAAAGGCACAGGGUCAAGAAGCUCGAGGCUGCCCGUGGCGAGGGAGAUGAGCGCCUACGUGACGCCAUGGCCCGGGAAAGGUCCGACGACCUCGCUCUCAGGAAGCUUUUGGCCGCUGCCCAGCAGGAGCGGGACGAGGCCAUGGAGCGGUCCCUGCGGAUGCAAGAUGUGCACCGGAUGGUGGAGGAGGUGCAUUCGCAGUUGGCCAAAGCCAUGGACAGGGAAAAGUUGGACAGCAAGCUGGGAGACCAGCAGAGCCUCCAGAAUCUUCAGUCGACGUUGGAGCUGGUGCAGCAGCUGCGCGUGGACACCCGCCCGCCUUCGCCUUCCCCCUGCUUGUGGAAGCCGAGCCAGGCCCUGCAGGCGGCGCGGACCUGGGGAGAGGAAAGUGGCUGCAGCCCCAGCAGCAAGGCGACGAUCCGUCCAAGCUCUCAGAGCACAAGCCCUCAAAGCCCUGUCAAGCCGCAGUCCAACGCGCACCUGGCCGUGCCCCUAAACUCCUGGUCAUUGGUGGCUGUUUGCGCGUCUCCUGCUCUAAGUGCAGGUGUCGAGCGAGUUUCCUCAUAG